AUGGUCAGGAAUUCAAGCCGAAUCAUGUCCAAAACCGUCGCGGACGAAACUGAUGAGGACACCUCCAGUGUUGAUGGCAAGCACGAUCAUGUCAAGAACAAUAUUCCCGGAGAUUUAAAUGGCCAUACAAGAAGAUCUAUCAACGCUGACAUUAGGGCUCACUACAAAAAACAUCUUGCCGAAAUCAAUAAUAUUGAUGAACAAAGCCCGGAGGCCGAACAGACGAUGACUGAGACCCGUGUUCGCCCUGUCUCUUCGAAGAUUCUUCUCCCUACACCAACAGCGGCCAAGGGGGAAGAUUCUGAUUCUGGUGGUCUCCCACAAGCAGAGCAGAAAGAAAUGAACAAGGAGGAAGAUCAUGAGGAGGAGGAGGAGGAGGAGGAGGAGGAAGAAGAAGAGGAGGAAGAGGCCGUAUCUACAGUAUCACAUGAACCUUCACCCGCAGACAGCAUCAAAGACCAGACCAUAGAAGAGACAUCAACGCCCAGUUAUAGCUCUGAGAAGGGCUCCAUCUCCAGUGGUGAUGUCUCCUACCCCUCUCUUCCCAAUUACGACUCCGCCCAGGACAGCUCGGACUUCGAGUCUGGCUCUGGCUCAGACUCGGAGCGAGUAUCAAUCCUCUCCGAAGCCACAUUCUACACCGACGAGGGCACUCCUAGUGAAACGGACCUCGACGAGCUCCCCGAAGAAGAGGAAGAAGAACAAGAAUACGAAGCCAAGUCAUACUUCAGGGCCGAUAGUAACGACGAGGAACCUUUCGUUCUCGACUGCAACAGCCCCAAAGUAACCGGGAAAUGCGAAGCCAUCGUACCCUGGGGCGGUGCUAAGAGUAGGAUAAUUGUGUCCAUCGGUCCUGCAAGACACCGCAAAUGGCGCGUCCAGCCAUCCAAGAAGUGUGGCUACUCCAUUCCCAGGGAUCUCCCCGAGAUCAAGCCCAGAGGACGCAAAUCUGGUUUUAAGGCGACAGAAGUGUACGGAGUGGCGUUUAAUGAUGAUGGUAAGGAAAAAAAGGGACCAGAGGUGAUAAGGGGUGAUAACAAUCUGAGGAUUUAUGUGAAGAUUGGGUGGAAUGAUGGCACAAAGACUUGGGAGAGAACCGCAGACGCUAAAUGGUUGGUCGAGAAAUAUAUUACAGCGGACAUGAGCGCUGGGGAGUAUCUGUAUAAGGCGGCAGUAGCGUUUGAGAAAAAGGCGGAUAAGUUCCUGGACGCUAAUGAGGACUGGGGGUAUGAUGAUGAGUAG